GUGGCGCCUGCAGAGGCACGCCUUCGCCCGCAGUGCAGCGAAGCUUUUAAGCUGUUUGUAAAACUUUCCUGUUGUGAAUUCAACAUGGGAAAACUGGGAUUUAUGUCGAUUAUGGUGGCCGUGUUGGCGGUGCUGUUUGGAGAGAGAGUUUACAACUUAAGAAAAAGAUUCCUGGCUACAAGAGAGCCAGCGAAGAAUCACCUCCCCAACUGUGUGCUGCUCAAAAAUCUGGAACAUGGCACUGAAGAUAUCACGAUCCUUGGAGAUGGGCUCGCCUUUAUCAGCACUGGUCUGAAGUAUCCUGGAAUCCCAUCCUCAGAUGAACCUGGAAAGAUCUUUGUCCUUGAUCUAAAAGAUUCCCGGAUGAAACCAAUGGAGCUGCGUAUGCCGAGAAACUUCGACCUAGAAACGUUCAACCCUCAUGGUAUCAGCCUCUACACUGAUCCAAAUGAUGAUGCCGUCUACCUGUUUGUUGUCAACCAUCCUCAUCAUAAAAGCCAAAUUGAGGUGUUCAAAUUUGUCGAGGAAGAACUCUCCCUUGUGCAUCUGAAAACCAUAAAACACGAGCUUCUCCACAGUGUAAACGAUAUUGUCGCAGUGGGAGUUGACAGCUUCUACACCACCAAUGAUCACUACUUUGAGAACCAAUUCCUUAAAAGUUAUGUUGAGAUGUUAUUGUGUCAGCCGUGGGGUAAUGUUGUGUACUACAGUCCCACGGAAGUCAAAGAGGUCUCUCAGGGUUACUACAUGGCAAAUGGAAUCAACAUGUCACCAGACAAACGGCACAUAUAUGUGGCAGAUGUGUUUGACCACAAUGUUCACGUGUUUGAGCGAAAAGAAGACAAUGCACUGACUCGCGUGAAGACUGUGGCUGUGGGUUCACUCGUUGACAACAUUGAAGUUGAUCCUGAAACUGGUGACCUUUGGGUGGGCUGCCACCCGAAUGCAUGGAAGCUCUUCUUUUUCGACCCCAAUGACCCCGCUGGAUCAGAGGUCAUCCGCAUCCAGAACAUCCUCUCUGAUAAGCCACAGGUGACUCAGGUGUAUGAAGACGAUGGCCACGUGCUCAUUGGUUCCUCUGUAGCAACCACCUAUGGUGGAAAGUUGCUCAUUGGCACUGUGUUCCAUAAAGCCUUGGUCUGUGAUCUGAAGUAGGUGAUGACUCUUUAGGUGAUGUGAGCAGUAAGCAGAGCAGUUCACCCUGAUGUGCUAGACUGGAUCUGAUAACAGAAACUAAAUAUGGGCAUGGCUAAAGAGAAACUGAAGGUAAAGAAAACAUCUGUCAGAGCUUUGGAGACUAAAACGUAUUUGAAAUUGAGGUGAUUUCACACACUGAAAUGAUUGAACUGUCCAGACACUUGAACCACAGUGAAAUACUUUAUUUCAAAAAUGGAAGAAAAAUCCAUAGAGUUGCCUUGCCUUGUAUCACAAAAAGGAUAUUUUUCACUGGUGAGCUGAAAAUGUGAAAUAUUCACGUGGGCAGUGUCUGUAACUGGGUACUUUUAUGUGUUUUUAAGCUAAAAUGGUGAAUAAUUUGACUAAAUAAAACAUAACAAAAAAAGAUUGAUGUUGCCAUUGAAGUUUAUUUUGUGGCUCUAUUUGAAAGUGGUUGAUGUGAACAUAAUAUGAUGUUUAAAUUGAAGUAUAAUCCAAUAUUAUAUUUCAUUUUUGCAUAACUGAAGUUACAAAGGUCUUAUAUUACUUUCCUGCUCACAAGAAUCUUGUCAAUCUCGCUUCAUAACAGGGCAUAGGGGACACUCAGAAAUGUCACCAAGUGGCUGGAAUUGUAUACAGCAACAUCAAGCAGAGAUUUGAUAUUCCCGAGUUUAACUGGGACUCAGCACCAACAGGGAUGGAAAACGGUAGUGCUAAGAUCCAGCUGGGCUUCAAAUCCAGCUGCUUUCUACCAAGCAGCUGCUGUCUAAGCAACCUGACAUAGUGGGUGUUGGUUAGGAGCAGAGGAGGUCAGUUGUAUCUUAGGAAGAAGGAGCCUGAGAAGAUCUAGAAGGACCAGAGACUGAAGGAGCAACUGGAGCAGAUGUGGAGGUUGAAGGCUGAAGGCUCUGACAGCUCCAGCAGAUUCCAGGCAUCACCUCAAUGUCCUCCUCACAGCCACUGGCUAACAUUGCUGGAUCACCCGUCAUCUCUGCCCCCAACACUCUGGCCACACAAGUCCCUGCAGCCACCGGGGCCCAGCCCUGAAGCCACUUCCUCACCUGUGUUUCUGUGUGCUCAUGGCCAUGUCCUGCCUAGCUCUCACUGCGGCCCAGGGCCAUGGCUCCCCCCCUUUUUAUGUUGAAUAUAACAAAGAAAGAAGAUUUAAAUUGCUUUUCACAUUCAGUUCUAUUUUGACACCUGGACUUGACAGAAAUGUAUUGUUGCACCUGUCAGGAUUAUUAGAAUUAAUUUGGGUGUGUUCUUUGACAAUGCCAUUGUCUAGAAAUUCUAAUAAGAUGUAGACAUGAAGAGAAUGGAUAAUAAAAUUUAUUUUGUAUGUUCCAAA